GUCGCUGCAAGAAGAUCGUGGGUUACCUUUUCUCUCCGUCGAAAGCGGUUCCUCGUGAGUUCUUCUCGUUCGAUUCACUCCAGAAGCGCCCAAAGACUCCAGCUCGCUCUCACUCCUGGAUUUCUGUCCCUAUACAAAGUGCUGGGACGUUCACGCCCAGAUUAUCGAGUCAUUGAACGAGAUGGGAGUAACCACCUUCCAAAACGGUCCGAGCAUUAUCACCAUCACUUCCGACCUCACCAUCACAAACCAAACAAUGAUUUCCGAUUUGGCUUUCGACAUUUCCCUCCUUUCUGUGUUUAGCGACAAUUCGACUUCGCUCUUCGGCUACGACUAUUCCGUCUCGCCUCCCGCGCCUUUCUAUUCGUUCUACCUCUCUCGAGGCAACGAAACGACCCACAUCGACUUCUCCAAAUAUUUGUCUGCGCAGUACUCGCUUCUGGAAGUGAAUUUAACGGAGGGGCCCGGGACGACGGAGGUUCGCUUUCAGUACUGUCCGUCGGUGGUGGAUAAUCUGAAGUAUCGGAGCUUCUGGUGCUCGACGGACCGUCCGUUUUGUUUGUUUCAGUUCUGUGUGGGCAGCUUGGCCAUUCCGCAAGGCCGCCCGGAGGGAUCGUUCUUGGGAUUGCUCGACGACGAGAUCGUGCUGGACGACGAGGAGCUGGACCGCGCACUGAGCGAAAUCGAUCGCUUGAGUCCUCUUUUUUCGGAUUGUCCUGUUUGUCUCACAAACAAACAAACAAACAAACAAACAAACAAACAAACAAACAAUUAA